GCCACGCACACACACCGCGACCGACCGAACCAGUGACGACUGUCGGGAUUGUACGCGAUUGCCACGAGCGUAUAGGGAACACCCCGUCAACUCGUUUUCCUCCGGUCAGUCGCGAACCGAUCUCGCUCGACGUUCGACAUGUGCCGUGACCGUGGAAAGGUAUCGCGCCGUGCCAGUGCGAAAAAUCACGCAAAGCUCGACCCGCUGGUCGAUUGGUGCUGAUAAUUUGAGGGUGUGCGCGUGUGACACAGGUGUGAUAAGGGUAAAGGGAAAAGCGGGGGCUGGUGGUGAAAAUUCGCAACGAAAGCGUGAGUGAGUAAUUGUGUCUUGAAAAUAAUCGGUUGAAGCAAACAAUGCCCAAAAUCACUUCUACGAGCGCUCGUCCUUAAAGCAAGUGUAUUAAAUUGCUGAACAAGAAGAACUUAGUUUGCAUUCCCUUCAAACAGUGUGUGUGUGUGUGUAUAAUAGUGUGAGCUUGUGAAAUGAGGUUUCGUCAAGCAGUUGCAUAAAUUUAGGCUGAAUUCAGCGUCCGAAAGUUAAGUGAUUGUUCCGAGGGUCGUUCUUCGUUUUGCGUACAUAAACAUAUCAAGCGCGCGCGUCGCAUUCUAGCAACUUCCGGACGGCUAGACUGGACGGAGCGCCUCCGAACGGAGCGUUAAGUGGGUAACCAGGGCAUCAGUCGGACGGCUAGUGUUCCCCAUCAGUCUUGCGGAAACCAGCAACAAACGUCAGUCAGCCCAUUAAAGCCCCAUCGUACUCGUAAUGCAAUCUUUCUUACGGUGCCCUCUCGAAUCGGUGAGAAGAUGGAACCAACGAUCGACCGCCGACCGACCGUCCGGUGGGAUAUGUUGACGCGUGGAAUCAUCAGCAAACCGCCACAGACGUCAUUAAAUUGAGCAUCGACCAGAUUCAUCGGGGUCGGGUUGAGGAAGUGCGUGCCAAGUGAGGAGUACACCGGUAAAAACCCCGAUCCAAUAACAACGAUUCAAAGAUAACAACCAAGCUCGGUAGAUAGAAGAGAGAGAGAGAGAAAAAGCGGACACAAAAGAUGAAAACCGACGGUUUCGUGCGCGUUCUGUGGUGGAAAUUGGUGCUAAUUAUAAAUUUAAUAGAUGGAAAAUCGAUGCACGAAAAGGACAAACACGAUGUGUUCAGCGUCGAAGGUGUCGAGGGACGGAACAUCGAGCUGCAGUGUCCCAUUACGGUGCCCCUGUCCCAGGUGUACAUGGUGCUGUGGUUCAAGGAUAACGCCGGCAUCCCACUUUACAGUGUCGAUGUACGUGACAAAAUUUCCCGCCAGCCGGCACACUGGUCAGCGCCGGAAGUUUUUGGAUCACGUGCCAAAUUCAAUAUUGAUAAAUCACCGGCAUCGUUGCUGAUCAAGAACCUCAAGCGACACGAUCAGGGAGUGUACCGAUGUCGAAUAGACUUUCGUACGAUACAAACCCAAACGUAUCGAUACAACCUGUCCGUCAUAGUGCUGCCCGAGCAACCGGUGGUUCUGGAUCGUUGGGGUCGCCACAUCAACGGGACGAAGCUGGGCCCGAAGGAGGAGGGCGAUGACGUCGUUAUCACCUGCCGUGUUUCUGGUGGACGACCACAGCCCGAGGUGCGGUGGCUUAUCAACGGCGUAAUCGUGGACGAUCAGUACGAGCAAAACUCGGGUGAUGUCAUCGAGAACCGGCUGCUCUGGCCGACGAUACAGCGCAGCGAUCUGAACGCCAUCUUCACCUGCCAGACGAUGAACACGAAGCUGGUCGAGCCGAAGGAGACGAGCUACGUGCUGGACAUGCACCUGAAACCACUGACGAUAAAGGUGAUCAAUCCACCGAACACGCUGGUGGCGGACAAGCGCUACGAAAUCGUGUGUCAGAGCAUGGGCUCCCGGCCGAACGCCAUCAUCACCUGGUACAAGGGCAAGCGGCAGAUGCGUCGCACCAAGGACGAAAUACUCGACCACAACACCACCACGUCCACGCUCAGCUUUGCGCCGACCACCGAGGACGACGGGAAGACGCUUACCUGCCGGGCGGAAAACCCCAACGUGAACGGGCUGUUCCUCGAGACGGACUGGAAGAUGAAUGUUGUCUAUCCGCCGAUGGUUACCAUCCAGCUGGGACCGACGCUGGUCGUUGACGAUAUCAAGGAAGGUGACGACGUGUACUUCGAAUGUCACGUACGGGCGAAUCCCGACUGGAAGAAGCUGCAGUGGUUCCACAACGAUAUCCUGCUACAGUACAACGGGUCCGCGCGCAUCAUCCAGAGCGGCCAGAGUCUCGUGCUGCAGAAGGUGACGAAACAAUCGGCCGGAUAUUACGCUUGCAGUGCAAUCAACGCCGAAGGGGAAACCGUCAGCGAUCAGCAGUACCUGCGAGUGAAGCAUGUUCCCGUAUGUGCGACGGAAAAGCUGGCUGGAAGUGUGCCCGGGAACGGGAGCGAACCGUCCGGAGGCAACCGGAAUGCCAUACUAAUUGGCGCGUCCCGGAACGAGAAUGUGGAAAUUCCGUGCCACAUUUUCGCCGACCCACCGGCCAGGUCGUUUCACUGGCGAUUCAACAAUUCGGCCGAAAUUCUUCAGGUCGAUGCACAUCGCUACACCAGCCAGGGCAACAUCAGCAUACUGAACUACGCACCGGUGACGGAUCAGGACUUUGGUACACUAACCUGCUGGGCCGUUAACGAAGUUGGCCCUCAAAGUCAACCGUGCACAUUUCAGCUCGUCCUAGCAGAUCUACCGUCACCGGUAAGUAAUUGCAGUCUGCCGAACCGGACGCAACAGUUUGCGGAAAUCCAGUGCACACCCGGCUACGACGGCGGCUUACCGCAAGUGUUUGUGCUCGAGCUUAUAUCGAAAAGGACCGGAACCCGACGGUUUAAUUUUUCCAACAAAAACGAACCGUUCUUCAUACUGGAACGGUUGGAAAAGCUAAGCGCACUGAUGACACUGGAGAACAAUUCACUGUCCUGCGUGGUGUACGCAAUCAAUCAGAAGGGCCGCAGCACACCCGUACUAAUACAGGACUUUGAAAUUGGUCGCAUUCAGCCGUAUCGAGCCGCGCCCGAACGGCAGACGGACAGUGUCGAAUGGCUUCCGAUAGCCGUUGGCAUUUUGCUCACCGUCAUAAUAUUGGCUCUAUCAAUUUCCACCAAAACAUACCUGAACCGAUGCUUCGCGUCCGUCGGCUGGUGCGUUGGCCGUGAUGCGUCGUCCAAGCGUGGCGAUGCGGCCGAUAAAAGUGAGCAGCAACAAACAAAGAACGUACUGCUGCCGGACGAGUACGAAUGUGGGGCGCACUGUUUGAAGCUGAAAAACGUGCAAAUGUUACGGAGGCACAGUUCGCGCAAGAAAAAUUGCUCCAAGGACUCGAACGAUGACGAACCGGAACCGGACGUCAUACCGGCCCAGUUCAACAUGGUGUCCUGCACACCCCUAAUAGCGACCCCACAACACAGUGAUACAGCCGCCCGCGAAAAGGACGCACAACGGUACGGUGGCUUCGGAACGACCCCGGCAACAUAUCAGAUGGUUACCAGCGCCGACCAUCCUCCCAUCGCUUCAAGCGCACAGGACACAGGACUCGAGUAUCGAACGCACGGCAGCAUCGUCGGGAUACUGCCCUCGUCGAAAGCGGUACCGGGUACGGCCGGCGGUGGUGGUGGGUCCGAGCUCGAUAUCAACGUGAUCAAGGACCGGCUGCUGACGACACGCGUACCCGAAAGCUGCGUUUGACGUGCAGCGGCGAUGCAACGCCGGUAAAAGUUGUUGCCCGAGUCAGCACAACGCUGCCGGGUGGGCCACUUCAACCUGGAGCGUGCUCUAAGCUUCCAAGCGUUCCAGGGCCACUUGCCGCCGGGCCGGGACUGUGCUUUCGAAAGUCGAGAGUCGCGGCCGGCAACCGUCGUGGACACUCGUGGUACACUCGCACACCCUGCGUGACUAAACCUCCUCCCUGUAUGUGUGUGUGCAUGGGUUAUUUUUAUGCUAUUCUAUUGAAACUGGAGCAGUCAAACAAAAGUUAGACAAUUAAGCGAAGGUAAAACAACAAUAACAAAAACUGAUGAACAAAUGUGAAACUAUUGUGCAUAUCUCUGAAUUGUCUUCGAAAGCGCACACACGCGAGAGUAUUAUAAUGCGAGUUAAGGAAAAGGAUGGACGAAGAAACUUAUGAAGCAGAUCUUAAUAAACAAACCAGAAAAAAAGAAUAAAACAAA